AUGUCUACUGGCAAUGUCGUUGAUGCAACUCCUACUCCUCUUGAAACUCCUAUUUCUGGUGGUAACAAUGACACUACUCAAGGUGGUAACAACGGUGCGAGUGAUCAACAGCAUCCAGGAACAACUUCCGGUGAACAAGGUUCUGGUAAUCGCCGAUCCUUGUCACCGGAAUCUGGGCAAAGUCGAGUUCGAACGCUUGGGAAUGCCCCAGUUUCUAUCGCUGCCCUUGCUGCUUGCAACAAGCCAAUCGAAGACUUUCGUGCCUCAAACAUCUCAAAAGCCACAGCACUUAGCCGAAUCUACACCACACUCACCGACGCAUUACCAGCAGACCCGACAGGAGUCGAAGAGGCCUUUGCGCGCUAUAUCGUCAUCCUUGAAAACCACGAACACCACCUUUCCGAAGCCGAAUGCCGCAGCAAUAGGCAACGUUCGAAAUCACCUGUUGAAGAGCAAUUUGAUGAGGAGGAACUGUCUCGCCCAACGAAACGUGCAAAACCUGAUGAGUCUCAAUACCCAUGGGUUGUCUCAGAUUUCAUACAUUCGGUCACUUUAUCCCCUUCCCUCACAGCUUCACUCAACCUCCUCAAACUGUAUUCAGUCGACCCUAAGGGCACGAAGCGAUCCCUCAUCAACUCACCCACAUGCCCUGAAUUCCCAGACUCCGAAUGGACGAACAUUCUUGCGGGUCGCGCUGUCAACCUCGACACGGUACUUACAGGUUAUUACUCGACAUCCAAUAACGACGAGCGCAUUGAGUCAAUCGGUGAUCUCGAUAUCAAAUUUGGAACCGUUGCCCCAACCAAAAUUGUUUCAAGUGCGGGGGAGUGGACAAUCGCUUGGAAUAGAGCAUCUCGCGCAACGUCAAUGGCUUUCCCUCAUCGUGCGGGAGAACUGGCCGACUAUGCUGAGUACAUCAUCGCACUUUUUGCAGCAACUGAUAUCCUGUUCCAUGACCGAGUUAUUCUUUUCGACAAGGCUGUUCGCCGUCGUGUCGGCAGCCGACGUGAUCUCGAGCUCACUCAUUUCGACAAAUUUGCCGAUCUUAGAACCGCACACAUGGAUUCCAUUGGUGCAGCUGUUGUGCAACGCUUACCUAUCUCAAAGGUACCCUCGACUUCACGCAAGAAACAGGAGGCAUGCAACCGAUGGAAUGAGGGGCUGUGCUUGCUUGAUGGCAGCCAGUGUCGUCGACUCCAUGUUUGCAACAAGUGCUCCAAGGGUGGCCACAAAGGACCUGAGUGCCCGUCCUCCCAGUAA